AGUGGAGGUUAGGUUAAUGUUUGUUUUAAAACGUUUGAAAACCUGAUACGGAUUUGUUCGAAAUCACCGGGAAACAUUUUGUGAAUCUGGACGAAUUUAUAAUCUUUUCGUAAGUGAUUAUCACAGCAAAAGUUUAUUUCUUAGCAAAAAAGAGGAGGCCAUCGCAAUGGAUUCAGAUUUGUACGAUGAAUUUGGAAACUACAUUGGACCAGAUCUAGAGAGCGACGAAGAUGAUGACCAGAGUUUAUACGGUCAACCGGAUCAGCAGGAUGACCUUGACAUGGAGGACGGCAUGGAAGAAGAAGCCGAGCAGAGUGAAGAUCCGGCGAGUUCUCGAGCAGUUGUGUUGCACGAGGAUAAACGAUACUAUCCGUCGGCCCUGGAGGUGUACGGAGAAGAAGUGGAAACUAUUGUCCAGGAAGAGGAUGCCCAACCACUGGAUAAGCCACUCAUCGAACCGGUGAAGAAAAUGAAAUUUCAGAUCAAGGAACAGGAACUACCGGAAACAACAUAUAAUAUGGAGUUUUUGGCCGAUUUAAUGGACACUCCCACAUUGAUACGAAACGUAGCUCUUGUUGGACAUUUGCACCAUGGAAAAACUACCUUUGUGGACUGUUUGGUACGUCAGACACAUCCACAGUUCCAAGACAUGGAAGAGAGGAAUCUACGCUACACGGAUACGUUGUUCACCGAACAAGAAAGAGGCGUCAGCAUUAAAGCAACGCCCAUUACGUUGGUCCUGCCGGAUGUCAAGAGCAAAAGCUUCCUAAUCAAUGUUUUCGAUACGCCUGGGCAUGUGAAUUUUUCGGACGAAGUGACGGCUGCGAUGCGGCUCUGCGACGGAGUUGUUCUUUUCGUAGAUGCUGCCGAGGGUGUUUCGCUGAACACUGAACGACUGCUGAAGCACGCGAUCCAGGAGAAGUUGCCGAUCACAGUGUGCAUCAACAAGAUCGAUCGUUUGAUGCUGGAGCUCAAAUUGCCCCCGCAAGAUGCCUAUUUCAAGAUCAAGCACAUAGUGGAGGAAAUCAACGGACUUCUUACGCUGUACGGAGAUGCAAAUACAAAACAGGUGUCACCGAUCUUGGGUAACGUUUGCUUCGCCAGUUCAUUGUAUGGAUUCUGUUUUACGUUGAAAUCGUUUGCCAAACUGUACGCGGAUACAUACGACGGUGUUAGUCCAAGCGAGUUUGCUCGUCGUCUAUGGGGAGAUAUGUAUUUCCACAACAAGUCCCGGAAAUUUACCAAGAAACCACCGCACAGUUCAGCCCAGAGAAGUUUUGUCGAGUUCAUCUUGGAGCCCCUGUAUAAACUUUUCGCGCAGGUGGUCGGCGAUGUGGACACAACACUGGCGGACACCUUGGCCGAGUUGAACAUUCGAGUGACCAAAGAGGAGAUGAAGUGUAACAUUCGCCCAUUAUUGAGGUUGAUAUGUAAUCGGUUUAUCGGUGAUUUCUGUGGAUUUGUCGAUAUGUGCGUUGAGCACAUCCAGUCUCCACUUGACAAUGCCCAGAAUAAGAUCGAUCACAUUUACACCGGUGUGAGGGAGAGUGGCAUCUAUCAGGAUAUGUUGAACUGUGACCAAAAUGCCCAACUGAUGGUUCACAGCUCAAAGAUGUAUCCGACGGAGGAUUGCACCUUUUUCCAAGUGCUGGCAAGAGUCAUGAGCGGAACCCUGCAUGCCGGGCAAGAAGUGAGGGUUCUGGGAGAGAACUAUUCGUUGGUGGAUGAAGAGGACUCGCGUACUUUGCAAGUUGGUCGACUCUGGAUUUACGAGGCGAGAUACAAAAUUGAAUUGAAUCGGGUUCCGGCGGGAAACUGGGUUCUGAUUGAAGGAAUUGACCAGUGUAUUGUGAAAACGUCGACCAUCACUGAUGUCAGUAUGAAUGAAGAUGUUUUCAUCUUCCGGCCUUUGAAGUUUAACACGCAAAGCAUUAUUAAGAUUGCUGUAGAACCAGUGAACCCAUCGGAACUGCCAAAAAUGCUGGAUGGAUUGCGAAAAGCAAACAAAUCGUAUCCACUGCUCUCGACAAGGGUAGAAGAAUCUGGGGAACACGUUAUCCUAGGCACAGGAGAGCUCUAUUUGGACUGUGUAAUGCAUGAUUUGCGGAAAAUGUAUUCCGAGAUCGACAUCAAAGUGGCCGAUCCAGUUGUGGCAUUCUGCGAGAGCGUUGUCGAGACAAGUUCGUUGAAAUGUUUCGCAGAAACACCAAAUAAAAAGAACAAAAUUACAAUGAUUGCUGAGCCGUUGGAGAAGGGUCUCGCCGAGGACAUAGAGAAUGAAACAGUCUCAAUUGGAUGGAACAAGAAAAAACUUGGAGAAUUCUUCCAGAUAAACUAUGAUUGGGAUUUACUUGCAGCCCGUUCGAUUUGGGCUUUCGGUCCGGACAAUACCGGACCAAACAUUCUGGUAGAUGAUACACUUCCCUUUGAAGUGGACAAAGCAUUGCUCGGAGCGGUGAAAGACUCGAUCGUACAAGGCUUCCAGUGGGGUACGCGUGAAGGACCACUUUGUGAGGAGCCCAUUCGAAAUGUGAAAUUCAAAAUCCUUGACGCAGUUAUUGCUCAAGAACCGUUACACCGGGGAGGAGGCCAAAUUAUCCCAACGGCAAGACGUGUUGCCUAUUCCGCUUUUCUCAUGGCGACACCUCGUCUAAUGGAACCCUAUCUCUUCGUAGAAGUACAAGCUCCGGCAGAUUGUGUCUCCUCUGUGUACACGGUUCUCGCUAGACGACGUGGCCAUGUCACCCAGGAUGCUCCAGUACCCGGAUCUCCCCUGUACACGAUCAAAGCCUUUAUACCGGCGAUUGAUUCAUUUGGAUUUGAAACCGAUCUUCGAACCCAUACCCAGGGGCAAGCUUUCUGCCUGUCGGUGUUCCAUCACUGGCAAAUUGUACCGGGUGAUCCGCUGGACAAGAGUAUCGUUAUUCGCCCACUUGAGCCCCAACCGGCAACCCAUCUGGCGCGUGAAUUUAUGAUCAAAACCCGACGGAGGAAAGGUCUCUCCGAGGAUGUGUCCAUUAACAAAUUCUUCGACGAUCCUAUGUUGCUGGAGCUGGCCCGACAAGAUGUGCUGCUCAACUAUCCGAUUUAGAGUCGCCUUGAGAUUUGUAUAUUCACUGCAGAUUUGCGAAAUUUUGAAUGAAUUCUCGCUGUUGCCCGAACAGAUGACGGUACAAGAGCUUCGCACGUUAAAUUUGGAAUUGUAACGCAUAUAUAGAGAAAUACUAAAUGCAAGGUAGGAAUCGAUUGUGUAUCAUUUCAUCGAAGCAUAACUCGCUUUUUUAUAGUGUUAAAUCGAGUGUUGUAGUUUUGUCAAAAUA